AUGCGGAUGGUAUGUGUUGACUGGCUUUCAAAGACAUCACACCCCACUACUAUAAAUCCGUCACCUAUCUCGUAUCUCGCUAAAACAAGUCUUCGGUGUCCUUUCCAUGUUAUUGCCAACAUAUCUUAUGCCCCUUCAAGAAAACAACCGGAUCUAUCGUAUGCUGGCUUGGAUCCCAAGCUGAUAUAACUAUCGUCGACUAACGAGUCGCCAUAUCCGAAACGAAACUGGUAAUUAUAGCAUGGAGAAUAGGGAGCCAGCCCAUCACAUUCAUUCCCAACAAAGCGAGAGAAGAGAGGGAAGUAAGGCCUCAUAUUCAGCCUAAAUACGAGAAAGGGGAUAUCAUGGUCAGAGGAUUGACAGCGUAUCAGGCUGAGAUACUGAAUAAGAGUGGUUACUGCGGAAUUAUGGUGGCUCUCGGUUAUUCUGUUGGUGUCCCCUUUUCGUGUCGCACAGGUUGUCUACUUAGUAUUUAUCGGGCUCAUGGCCCUGUUUUGUUGGAGCUAGUGAUGUGGUGA